UGUUAUUUUGUUUGUUUCUGUUUACGUACAUUCAUCAAAGGGAGAACCCAAAAAUGACCUGACCACCAAACUAUCAUACUUUCUUCAAGAUCUUACAGGAUCAAAUUCGUUGAAAUCUGAUCAAAGAGAGAGGAAUGACGACUUUUUGCAAAUCAACAUAGGAAUUGAGGACUUUGACAGUGAGUACCAAAAACUCACUUUCGACAGUAAAGAUGAGUUUAAAUCAGUUUUAAAAUAUCUAGACAUCAAGACAAAGAAGAUUUUAAUCAUCACUUAUCAGGGGACUGGGGUUAAAGAUCUAAGAGUUGGAGGAUACAAACCUACCCUAGUGGUUUUUAUCGACGUCAACCAAGAGAUAAACCAUGAAGAUGGAUAUUCAUACUUGGAGAUAUACAAAAAUUCUCAAGCCUUGAAAUUUAGGAAUAUAAAUGGUGAUGUUUUCACUGGAGUUUGGUCAGUGUUUUAUUCAAAGCCAAAAUUUGAAAGUUCUUCCUUUGAUGAUAUAAACUCAUUAAAUAAUCAGAAAAUACGGAUUUCUUACAACAACUAUUUGCCCCGGUUUGAAAUAAUAGAUGACAAAAUUUCGAUGAAAACAUCUGAAGGACUUUGUAUUGCCAGCUACAUAGAGAAAAGGAACCUGAAUGCCAGUUUUAAAUAUUCCAAGAAUCAAUGGGGAAGUAAUGGUACAGGAAUAUGGACGGGAACUGUUGGAGAGGUUGAAAGAGAUGAAUCUGAUCUUGGAAUAUCCUUUAUGUCAUACACUGUAGAAAGGGCAGCAGUUGUCAAAUAUUCACAAAUUCUUGGUGAUAACAUCAUUGUUUGGAUUUCGAAGUUUCCGAAGAAAACCGCCUCUUUGUUUAAUGUUGUCCAGGUUUUUGAUUUUUACAGCUGGUGUGCAAUCCCAAUUAGUUUUUUGGGAGUUGGAAUUGCUCUUCUGCUAAUAUAUCAUCCUAUAGAAAUCAAUGGGAUAAAAAAGCCCGACACUGUACUAGUACUACUUCUACCCACUGAUACUUGGUUUAAAGAGGAGCAAGCUAAAGUUAUCAGUGGAAGUAUUGUUGUAAUGGUCUGGGGUCUUAGUUCACUGUUUAUAAUGCUUGCUUUCUCCUGUAAUCUAAGGGCUAUUUUACUGAGUCCCUCGUAUGAAUCUCCAAUUGAUACUUCUAAAGACAUUGUUCAGAAGAAUAUGAUUUCAGUUCUGUCUGGAUCAGCCUGGCAUUAUAAUUAUCUGUUCACAUCACAAGAUCCCUGGCAAAGAAGAAUUCUUGAUAACUAUAAGUUUAAAGAUACGACCCUUUCGUUUGACAGUUUACUCUGGAACGUGUACGCUAAUGAGAAUGAGGUCAUACCAGCUGGAAAGGACCGAGUGUUGGUCAACAUGCAGAACAAUAAAACAUUCUCAGACAUGAAUACUGCAGUCUUCUAUUUUAGCAAGGAGGAAUUAAUGGCAUAUUUUGCUGGCUGGGUAUUCCAAAAGGAAACUAAAUGGGAAGACGAUGUUAACGAUCAUAUACUACUCUGUCAUCAGGCUGGAUUUUCUGAGAAGAUCGCCAACUUGUAUUCUUCAAUUAAUGUAUUGGAUUCUUCAAUACCACCAGAGAAAAAUCUUGCUAUCUCAGAUCUGGCAAUUCCGUUUAUCUUACUAUGUGGUGGACUUGCUCUAUCAGGAAUAGUAUUUAUUUUGGAGUCCUGUUUGAAAAGAAAAUAAAACCUCAUAUCCUUGUAGAAAUCAAAUAAACUAUGAUAAAACAUAAA